AAAAGAAUUCUUUGAGAUAUUAAAAAAAAAAGAAAUGACCACGGCUCAAAAUGGAUCGAAAGAUCUCGUUCAAAGAGCUGUCAUUACGACGGAUCCGCAGAAAGCAGUUUCGGAGUACUUUGUAUCCAAGCAGGAGGAACGUCAAUGUAUCAAAAAAUAUCCGGAAUGGGACAAAGCAAGGGUUUGUCCAGCAACCGAAGUUAUCAAAACUCGUCGAGAAUUGGCUCAGGUCGAAGAGAUACUGAAAGAAAAACAAGCGGAACGAGAGAUAAAACGUAAGCAUAUGGACGAGCAAUGGGAAGAAGCGAGAAAACAGCAAUUGCUGUUGCGGGAUUCUUUUAUAAAGUUUAAUACACUUGUGAAGGAAAACGUUGAGAAACGCGAGCGAGCGGAGCAAAAGAUCAAGGAGGAACAUGAGCGCCAAGAGAAAUGUAGACAAGAAAUCGAAGAAUUAAAGCAGAAACUGCGUUAUAUGGAAGGCGUACGUGAUAAAAUGCAACAAUAUGUAGGGGAAUAUAAGAAAUAUCAAAAUUAUUUGGAUAGAGUAGUAAACGAGACGGGGGAGUUUCAAUCGAUCAAUGAAAUUUUUAAUCGUUACGAAACUUUAAUCGAGGCCAGACAAGCGUUAUCUGAUCAUCAGGACAGAAACCUCCAAUUGCUAGAACAGAAAGGAACAGAAAUACAUCACUUGACUGAAGUCAAAUCGCAAGUAUUAAUGGGAUUGAAUAAUAAAGUAGCACAAUUGCAAGCGAGAUAUGAUCUGGCGAAAGUGCAAGCAUUGAAAUGGGAAACAAUUGUUUCGAAAAUAAAGGAGACCGCCGCCGCGAAGAAUUUGGAGCUGACGCAAGUGAAGGCGUGUUGCUGGAAUAUGUAUCAGCAGAUUUGUAAGAGGAAAGAUAUACCUGUCAAGGUAAGCAGCGAGGACGUCGAGCAACAGCUGGUUCACAUCAAGCGAACCAUUUUUGAAUUAAAACGAAUUAUCAAGACCGUCAAGAAGAAGGUGCGAGAAGAGAAAGGUUUGCCGCAUCGCGAAUAAAAGCAUACAUAUAUUACCGCGACUUAUACGGUGUCAUAAACUUGGCAGGUAAAUGAUAACAAAGCGGCAGUAAAUGAAACAAUUAUUGCUCUCUCUAACAAAAAAGAUAUAAAUUGUAUUAUCUUUAGAAAAAGCUGUUAUCGAAAAAAGAAUCUCAAAUCUAUCUGGGAUGAAAUAAAAUAAAUCUUUUUUUAGCGGA